ACAAACCCGAUUUCCUGCUUUCAUUCGAAACAAUCUUUGGCAGCCUCCUCAACCAUUUAACAGGACAAUCUGAAACAAUCUCACGCGAAUGGACGUCUUAGACUUAAGCGGCGAUCCCGUAGACAGGCUCGUGGCUGGAAGACGAGAGUUCGGCGAGUUCGGUGGCGUCAACGCAUCCGUGGAGAUAAGCACAACGUUCACAGUUCUGGAAGCUGAGAAGUUGCCGGCCAUUUUUAAUGGAGACUUUGGUCCCGAGAAAGGCGGAUGCUAUGUGUACGGCAGGGCUUUCAACCCAACAGUACGGCACCUGGGUCGGCUUCUUGCCGCGCUCGAGGGAUGCGAGGCAGCCUACCCUUGCAGCUCAGGCAUGGCCGCCAUCUCCUCCACCCUGCUGGCCCUGUGCAACAGCGGAGACCACAUCGUCGCAUCCAACACAGUGUACGGCGGCACCCAUGCACUGCUCAAGACCUUCCUUCCCGCCAAGGCCGCCAUCACCACCUCCUUCGUGGACAUAACGGACCUGGCAGCCGUGCGGGCGGCACUGCAGGAGCACCCGGGCAGAGUCAAGGUGCUAUACACGGAGGUGGUGUCCAACCCCACGCUAGCGGUGGCUGACCUGCGCGCCCUAGCCGACCUGGCUCACAGUGCGGGUGCGGCGCUGGUGGUUGACAACACCUUCACUCCCUUCGUCGUCACCCCGCGACGCUUCGGGGCGGAUGUGGUGAUCCACAGCCUCACCAAGUUCGUGUCCGGCGCGUCCGACAUCAUCGCGGGCGCCGUGUGCGGGUCCGCCGCCUUCAUCCGCUCGCUCAUGGACUUCCACGCGGGCCCCUGCAUGCUGCUGGGACCCACCAUGGACCCACGGGUCGCUUCGGAGCUGACGCUGCGCCUGCCGCACCUGGCGCUGCGCAUGCAGGAGCACGGCCGUCGCGCCGCCGCCUUCGCCUCCCGUCUGGCUGCUCUGGGCGCCGCGGUGCGCUACCCGGGGCUGCCGCAGCACCCGCAGCACGCACUCAUGGCGGCGCAGGCCAACCCAGGGUACGGUUUCGGAGGAGUGAUGGGACUGGAUCUGGGCACCCCCGCCCGGGCUAAUGCGUUCAUGGAGCGGCUCCAGAACCGUCACGGUUUUGGUUUCAUGGCGGUCAGCCUGGGCUACUUUGACACGCUGAUGUCGCUGUCCGCCGCCUCCACCUCCUCCGAGCUGAGCGAGGCGGACAUGGCGGCGUCGGGCAUCGCGCGGGGCUACGUGCGCAUGUCCGUAGGCAUCACAGCCACCCUGGAGGAGCGCUGGCGGCAGCUGGAGGAGGCCUACCGCUUCACCAUGAAGCUGGGCCCGGCGGCGGAGGUGCCGUACCGGGCCGUCAAGCUGCGCCGUACACCUUCCGGCGCUGUGGAGCAGCUGAUCAGCUGGCCGUCAAUGGGCUGCGGCGACGGAGAGUCGUUGGGCGGCGGCGGUGCAGCCGCGGCGGCGAAUGGUGGCGGCUAUAACACUGUUACGACGGCGGCGGUGCCGCCGACGUCAAUCGCCUCGGUGGUGGAGGUGUUGGCUGAGGCGGCAACUGCGGCGGCGGCUGAAGCUGCGGCGGCGUCAGGGGCGGCAGCGGAGGUGAAGGGAGCUGGCAAGGCGGCUGCUGGGGGUGAUAGGGUUGGCGAGCCGCACGUGCCAGCCGUCAAUUCACGUCCGCUGUCCACUCCUGUAACCGCAUCGCCGUUCACGGCGGGGCCCGCGGCACACCCUGCAAGCGGCGGCGGCGGCGGAGGCAGCAGCAGCACCGCUAGCGCCGGUCUGCUGGGACCGCAGCAGCCCCCACCCGCCGCUCAGGUGCUCCCACCCGCCGCUCAGGUGCUUCCAUCCGGCGCCCAGCCGCAUGCGCUGGUGAGCGGCGGGGGCUGCCUGGGAGCAUGCGGCGAGGGUAAGGGCCUGCCUUGCAGCAGCUGCCUCCACAGGGGCGCCGCGGCCCAGCUGCCCCCACCCCAUGCACACGGAGAGGAUGGCCCCUCGAAGCGCCGCCAGCUGGACGCGGUGGUUUCGGAGGCCAGGGGCAGCGGAGGUGCCGGCGGCGGCGGUGUCGUUUGGCCGGCGGUCAAGAUCCGGCGCACGGGAUCCAGUGAGAUUCAUUACGUGGUGUCGGCGCAGAGGGUGCCAGCCUAGGAUGGAGCGCGAGCGAAAGUGUUGGACUGGCAGGCCCGUCUAGGGAGGGGUCCGAGGGGAUGAGGGUUUGAGCUUUGAUGCGCCCGUUUGUAGCAAGUGUUGGUGAGAUGCGUGUGAGCCGGUGUUGGUGGAGGCUUUGGGUUUACUUGCCGAGGGUGUAAAGUACUUGGCUGUAGAUAGAAGUUGUACGUUCUGUUACAUAGCUCCCCAAGGCGGAUGCUGGGUGACGUUGCGCAAGAUUCAUUAUUACGUCGUUUGAUUGCCUGUAGGGCGGUGCACGUGUGUCCUUACUAGGCGGUUGCUGCCUGUUUUUAGCAUUAGUAACCUCCUUUCUAGUGGUUCAUUGUUCUAGACGAGCCAAGGCAUGUGAUGCCGCAUGGCAAGCCAGUCGGUCUCAUUUGUACUGAUGCUUUCAGCGGUAUUACUUUGACCCAUGGGUCAGGAAGGCUUUCGCUGCAAGAUACACACAGCUGCAUGUUGCCCUCCAACCCCGUCGUCGUGUUUGCUGCCCAGGCCAUUCGGACGAGCAACUUUUACUGUCUAACCCUGUACGAUCUAUUGUAGUAUGUAUCCUUAUGCAGUGUUUUCGCCGGGUGGCAAGGUGUAUGGCCAUGGGGUAAUACUAUGUACUAGUAGGAAGUUGAGCACAUUGCACCAUCGUUAUAGUAAUGUCCGCAGCAGUUGUUUGUAUAUAUUGUAUUCUGUGUUGUACCAUAGCUCUGUAUAACCUGCUGUACCAGUACUAUGCCUUGUGCGAGUAGGGCUUUGCCGUACCCCGAUGCCGUCAUACUAGGGCUCGGUCUGUUCCUAGACUAGGAAGUUGGAAAUGCUGUUCCCGGGCACGGGACAAUAUGCAUGUGUGGCUCCCGCCGAGCCCUGUUACGCGAAGCACCUGCCAAGCCUACAUGUAUGCUGUUUGAGCCUUACCUGGAAGGUGUGCAUGAAUACACAUGCAUGUGGCGCCGCAUAGGCAGGUCAGCCCCAAGAGAAGGCCUGUGGGGGGCUUUUGCCAUUGUAAUGCCAUUGGUCCC